GAAAAAAUAAUAAUGAAUCAAGAAAAACUUGCCAAACUUCAGGCACAAGUCCGCGACGGCGGAAAGGGCACUGCUCGCAGAAAGAAGGUUGUGCACAGAACUGCAACUGCAGAUGACAAGAAACUUCAGUUCUCCCUAAAGAAACUAGGAGUCCUCUCUGGCAUUGAAGAGGUGAACAUGUUCACGAACCAGGGGACAGUGAUCCACUUCAACAACCCCAAAGUGGAGGCCUCCCUGGCAGCCAACACCUUCACCAUCACUGGCCACGCCGAGACCAAGCAGCUGACAGAGAUGCUCCCCAGCAUCCUCAACCAGCUGGGAGCAGACAGUCUGACUAGCCUCCGGAGACUGGCUGAGGCUCUGCCCAAACAGGCUGGAGAUGGAAAAGCACCAAUCGCCCCCAUAGAGGAGGAAGAUGAUGAUGUUCCAGAUCUGGUGGAGAAUUUUGACGAGGCUUCCAAGGAUGAGGCAAACUAAAG